UCAUGGCUCCUCUCACUUCCCUGAGGGAUUUCUUGGUCCUGUUCCUGGUCCUUAUACCCCUGGGUGAAGUGUUCGCCAGCAUCCCUAGGAAGACCGUACAAUAUGACAAUGCUAAGAUUUUCAGAGAGAAUGGCAUUUCAAACUAUUCAACGAUGAUAUUGAGAGAGGACCUGGGUGUCCUUUUCAUUGGUGCUAGAGACGCUGUAUACGCUCUGGACCUUGAGGACAUCUCCUCGAAAAAGGCUGGGGUCUACUGGCAGGUCUCAGAGGAGCAGAACACGUCCUGCAAGAGCAAGGGAAAAGAUUCAAUGGAAUGUCAAAACUACAUCAAGACACUUCAGGCUCUCCACGAUGGCAGGAUGUUGGUGUGUGGGACCAACGCAUACAACCCCACAUGUGACUAUAUGACCUACGCAAACGGAACGUUGACCCUGGAAGGGAAGAAGGAAGAGGGGCGAGGGAAAGUUCCCUUUGACCCCUUCCAGAGGUCAACCUCGGUCAUGGUUGGGACAGAACUAUAUUCAGCCACAGCGGUGAAUUUCCUGGGUACUGAGCAGGUGUUGCAGCGUCAUUCCUCCCCGGCUAUCAGGACCGAACACAGACACUCCUGGCUUAACAAGCCCUCCUUCGUACAGUUGGACGUCGUCCCCGAGAGCAUGAACAACCUCGAUGGGGACGACGAUAAAGUCUAUAUGUUCUUUAGUGAGGAGGCCAUGGAGUUUGACCUGCCAGCCCAGAUCAGGGUCUCUCGUGUGGCACGGGUCUGCAAGGGGGAUUUGGGUGGUCAGAGGACCUUACAGCAGAAGUGGACGUCCUACCUGAAGGCCCGUCUUGACUGCCCCGUGCCCCUGGAACCCAGCCUGCCAGCCAUCAUUCAGGAUAUCUUCCUCCUGAAAGACCAGGAUUGGAGGAAGAGCGUGUUUUACGCUGUUUUCAGCCCGCAGACAACCACAUCGGAUCUCUCCACUGUGUGUGCGUUCAGCGUGGCUGACAUUGGGAAAGUCUUCUCUGAGGGUAGGUAUAUGACUCCGGUGACAAUGGAGUCAGAAACAAGGUGGGUUACCCACACCGGAGAGGAGCCUGUCCCACGACCUGGAACGUGUAUGACCAAUGCUGUGCGGGACCUCGGGAUUGAGCACUCGCUGGACCUCCCUGACAAGACCCUGCAGUUCGUCCGUGACCAGCCACUCUUGGAGGGAGCAGUACCUCCACUGACCGGGGAGCCACUGGUGCUGCAGAGGGGAGCCAAGUUGUCGGUGAUUGUUGUGGACAGAGUCAUGGCCGUGGAUGGAGAAAACCACCACGUUAUGUUUAUUGGAACAGAGGAGGGCACGGUGCAGAAGGCUGUGCAGUACGCUGCUGGUGACACCAUCAUUAUCCAAGAGACCCAGGUGUUCCAGACUCUGGAGCCAAUCAAAGUGCUGCGUCUCUCCUCUGGCACGGGACAGCUCUAUGCAGGCUCAGGGUCUGGAGUGGUCCAGAUUCCAGUUAGGGACUGUGGUCGGUAUGGGUCCUGUCUGGACUGUAUCCUGGCCAGAGAUCCCUACUGUGCCUGGGACACCACCUUAGCAGCCUGCUCAUCUGUCCUCAACUUACCCACUGGCUCCAGGAACAUGUACCAAAGCCUUAAACAUGCGGAUGCCUCGAUGUGCCCCCGAUCAGUCCCUGUGAAGCCACUUACAUUACCAUUUAAUGUUGGGAGCUCCAUCCACCUGCCGUGCCAACCAGCAUCCAACCUGGCCCAGGUGAGCUGGCACUUUGCUAAGCAGCCCCUCCAGCUGAGAGACAGGUACCAGAUGUUGAGCCAGGACUUGUUGAUAGUGAGUGCCCUAGCUUCAGACGCUGGCCGGUACACCUGCCAGAGUCUGGAGGAGGUCAAAGGUCGACUCUACACCAGGACAGAGGCUGCCUACAUCCUGCAGCCCACAAAGACUCUACUGGUCCUGCAGUUAUCUGUGGCUCUGCUGUCUGUGCUGCUGGGGGUUGUGGUCCUCUGGAGUGUCAGGGGACACGUCAGACUCAGGGCCAGAAUUCACCUAGCAGAACCCGGCCAGAACAACAACAACAACUGGAGAACAGACCCUGGUUGUGUCCCUGGGUCUGACAUCUGAGCUGGGACUAAUAACUGAGACUAGGGGUGCGUUCAAUUCGAUUCAACGUUUGCUAUGUUGCGUGACGGUUUGUACUGAAUGACACGUUUCCCCAAAACGGUGCUCACCAUUCUUUUUAUUUGAUUUUAUUUUUUAUUUCACCUUUAUUUAACCAGGUAGGCAAGUUGAGAACAAGUUCUCAUUUACAAUUGCGACCUGGCCAAGAUAAAGCAAAGCAGUUCGACACAUACAGAGUUACACACGGAGUAAAAUGAACAUACAGUCAAUAAUACAGUAUAAACAAGUCUAUAUACGAUGUGAGAAGGGAGGUAAAGGCAAAAAAGGCCAUUAGACAGCCACGUUUCCCCAAACGGUGCUCACCAUUCUUAGACAGCCUUUGAGGUACGUUUGCUCCCAUUUUGGUGGGUGUGAUGAACUGUGGCCUGUUCAAUAAGGGUGUGACUAUGUGUGCUACGCACUAAACACGCGUAGCACAAACCAUACAAUCUCCCUCUGGGCCUCAAUAAUCACACCGUUUUUCAGCGGGUUGUUCAGUACAGUAGCGUUUCCAUUUGAAUUAAAUGUUGAACCCCAUUCUGUCGUACUGACAGCACCCCUAGAAUCACCAGCACCAUUCUUUACUCAUUGUUUUCCACUUAAGAUCC